UAAGUAAGGCCACAUGUAAAAGUUGCAGUUUUGUCAGACCCCACUUGCCUUAUUUUACUACUAUCUCUAUGCACCUUCCACUUUCACAUCUCACUGAGGGUUAAUUUGUCUGCUCUGGAUUGGCUAUGAAGUACUAGUGGUGAAUUCAUUGUUGUUUUUUGUGUGUGUUUAUUUGUUGUAAUAGAAGUUUUUUUAGACAAGAAUCUAACAAAGCUUUGUGUCUUUAGCUUUCUUUAAUUGGUUGGUUGGUUCAGAUUUCAUGUGAUAAGAGGAGUCUUGAGUUUUCAAAGUUUCUUUGUUUUUGCAAAUUAGGCGUUCAUUUCUGGUUUCUUUCACUUUCACCAGCUAUUCUUCUUGUCAUUCCUUUUGAUGGUAGUGGUGGACAAAACGUGUUAAAUUUCGCUUUCUAGUGUUGUUUUCAUAUAGAGAGUGAGAGAGAGGGCCUAUAUUUUGGAGCCUAUUCAGUACUUGUUCGAAAGUUUGAACUUUGCAGUUUGUGGCCAUUGGUUGCAGAAACCAUGGCUUCUCUUCUGCGAAAUUUCUGGGCAACCCCUCGUUUUGCUCUUAACCAAGACUAUAAGCCUCAGUGUAUAGCUAAAAUCAGGUGCUUAGCUAGCAGAGACUCCACAUUAUUGUCUUCGGAUACUGUUACAGUUAAUGGCGUGUCUUCUAUUGAGGAAAAGGAGAAAGUUAUCCCAAUAGAUGAUGUGGAAAAUGGUCAUCUGACUUCAAGUAUUAAGGAGAAGAGCAAAGAGGAUAUUCAAGACAAAUUGGAACCCCUUUGGGAUGACGGAUAUGGAACUCAAACUGUGAAGGAUUUUCUUGAGAUAGGAUCGGACAUUAUUAAGCCCGAUGGAGGUCCUCCGCGGUGGUUUACUCCCAUAUCAGCUGGCCCUCCUUUGAAAGACUCUCCUCUCCUUCUUUAUCUGCCUGGAAUGGAUGGCACUGGUUUGGGUCUUGUUUUACAUGAGAAGGCUCUUGGGAAAGUUUUUCAGGUUUGGUGCUUGCAUAUUCCUGUGUAUGAUCGAACACCGUUUGACGAGCUGGUGGAAUUUGUCGAGGAAACUGUGAGGGUGAAGCAUGUUUCAUCUCCAAACAAGCCUAUAUAUUUAGUUGGAGACUCAUUUGGAGGGUGCUUGGCUCUUGCUGUUGCUGCUCGUAACCCUAAGAUUGACCUUGUUCUAAUAUUAGCUAAUCCAGCAACUUCAUUUGCCAGGACGCCUCUCCAACCUCUGCUUCCUCUUCUAGAGUCUUUGCCUGAUGAAUUUCAUGUGACAGUCCCUUAUCUUCUGAGCUUUAUUAUGGGUGAUCCAAUGAAGAUGGCGAUGGUUAACAUUGAUUCCAUGCUUCCUCCUAGACAAAUUAUUCAAUGUCUCACUGACAACCUCGCUGCUUUCCUGGCCCACCUUUCUGGUGUGGCUGAUAUUAUACCAAAGGAAACUCUUCUCUGGAAGUUGAAGCUUCUUAGAUCUGCUUCAUCUUAUUCAAAUUCCCGUCUCCAUGCUGUUAACGCCGAAGUACUUGUGCUUGCUAGUGGCAAGGACAACAUGCUUCCAAGUGCAAAUGAAGCUCAGAGGCUAGCAAGUUCAUUACGAAACUGCAAAGCACGGUACUUCAAAGAUAAUGGACAUGCUAUUUUAUUGGAAGAUGGUAUUAAUCUGCUAUCCAUCAUCAAAGGUACUAGUAAAUAUCGUCAUUCAAAAAGGCAUGAUUAUGUCAUGGAUUUUCUGCCCCCUAGUAUGUCAGAGUUCAAGAAAGCAGUCCAGGACUUUAGAUGGUAUCUCAAUUUUACUGGUUCAGUUAUGUUGUCCACAAUGGAAAAUGGGAAAAUUGUAAGAGGUCUAGCAGGGGUCCCAUGUGAAGGCCCUGUAUUGUUGGUUGGUUAUCACAUGCUUAUGGGUUUAGAAGUAAUCCCUCUUGUUGAAGAAUAUUUGAGGCAGAAGAAAAUUUUACUUCGUGGUAUAGCACAUCCAACAUUGUUCACUCAGCUGAUUGAGAGUGAAACUAACGAAAGUUCAAUCUUUGAUAUGCUGAGACUAUAUGGAGCUACGCCUGUCAGUGCCAGCAACUUUUUUAAGUUGCUUGCAACAAAGUCACAUGUUCUGCUGUAUCCUGGUGGUGCCCGUGAGGCCUUACAUCGUAAGGGAGAAGAGUACAAGGUGAUUUGGCCUGACCAACCAGAAUUCAUCAGAAUGGCUGCAAGAUUUGGUGCGACAAUUGUGCCAUUUGGCGUUGUUGGGGAAGAUGAUAUAGCACAGUUAGUUCUCGACUAUGACGACCUAAAAAGGAUUCCUAUAUUGAGUGAUCAGAUAAGGCGUGACAACGAACUGGCUGCGAGGAUGGGUGUAACAGUCAGGAGGGACAUGACUGGGGAGGUUGCCAACCAAACGUUGUAUCUCCCGGGCAUUUUACCUAAGGUACCCGGUCGUUUUUACUACUUGUUUGGAAAACCUAUUCAUACAAAGGGAAGGCAGGACUUGUUGAAAGACAGAGAGAAAGCAAGAGAAUUGUACUUGCAUAUAAAAUCUGAAGUUCAAAAUAGCAUGAAUUAUUUGCUUAAGAAAAGAGAGGAGGAUCCUUACCGAAGCGUCAUUGAUAGGACCACAUAUAGAGCAUUUUCUGCUACUUUUGAUGAUGUCCCAACAUUUGAUUAUUAGGUGAUGAGUUAGAAGUUAGAUUUAUUUUUAUAGUAGAUGAUGUAUACGUAUUCAUGGUUCAAUUUUAUGUUGUAUAUCAAAUUUUUCUCCCACUAAGUAUAUCCCAAUAUGAGCAAGCUUUCCACCAA